AUGGCCUCGUAUUGGUCCGAAGAAGGCGGCAUCGCUACUACGAGGAUCCGGAAUCUGAAAGCGUGCGAUAUCUGCAGGAAAAAGAAAGUUCGAUGUGACAGGUCUUCAAGUUCUUUUCCUGGUAAAUCAUGCACUCGCUGCAAGAAAGGAAAUUUGCAGUGCACCUAUGUCGGCCAAGUAGAGGGUGCAUCAUCUAUGCGCCCUAGAUACAUCAAUCAGUUGGAGAGUAAGGCCGAAGCAAUGGAACAGCUUCUGCGCAGGAUACUUCCACCUGAAGCGGACUUAGACAAGGAACUCGAGGAGGGGGACCCUGGUCCCAGCGUCAUAACGGAACUCCUGCAAUCUUAUAGCAGGGAUGUCAGUGACUCUGAUGCUCCCUCCUCAUCGGAUGAGAGCGAUAUCGAUGCGGCUCUAGAAAGCAAUUUGGAGCGAUUUCAAGGGUACGUUCUAGGAUACAGGUUCCAUGGCAAGUCCAGCAGUGCCCAUCUGAUACAGACUGCUCUUGAUUGCAAACUAUGGCGCCCCGGUACCUUACACGAUGUGCAGAGUUUCACAUCGAUGAGGCCAGAGUUUUGGUGUAUCCGCCCUUGGCAUGACCCAUCACGAUACCUCGCUCAAUACUCUUUGUUCUCUUUCCCAGAGGACGAUUUAUUGACAUCACUGAUUGACCUGUACUUUACGCGCGUCAACAUCUUUUUCCCUCUGCUACACCGACCAACUUUGGAGAGAUCGGUAAUAGAUGGACGUCACUUCAAAGACGCCUCGUUUGCUGCUGUCCUACUGGCCGUAUGUGCGGUGGCGUCCAGAUACUCAGACGAUCCUCGAGUAUUAGCCGACGAAACCUCAAAGCUGUCGAGUGGUUGGAAGUGGGCGAAUCAAGUUAUUGGUAUGAACAGGGCCUAUCCCGGGAUGGAUGCGCCUUCUCUGCUUGAUACGCAACUUUGCUGUCUCCUCGGUUAUUUCGUGUUAGGAUCAUCAGUGCCACACCAAGCCUGGGUAGCCGUGGGCAUAGGCCUCCGAAUAGCACAGGAUGCAGGUGCCCAUAGGAAACGGCCCGGCGACCGUACAAAAACUGCGGAAGGAGAGCUAUGGAAACGCGCUUUUUGGUGCCUAGUGAGUAUGGACAGAUUACUCAGUUCAGCACUAGGUCGCCCGUGUAUGAUCUAUGAUGAAGAUAUUGAUGUCGACUUGCCGACUGAGUGCGAUGACGAAUACUGGGAACAUUCGGACCCUCAGCAGAUGUUCACGCAACCAGCAGGACAACCCUCCGCAGUAUCAUACUUCAAUUACCAUCUGCGAUUAACCCGCUUGCUAGUGAUCUGUUUACGAACAAUCUACUCCAUCCGCCACUCCAAAGUCAUACUCAAACUGCUAGACGAAAACUGGGAACAACAAAUCGUUGUGGAGCUCGAUUCGGGACUCAAUAAAUGGAUGGACUCCCUCCCGGAACACCUGCGAUGGGACCCGGCCCGAGAGAACCUCAUGCAUUUCAACCAAUCCGCUGCACUACAUCUUUCGUACUACCACGUACAGAUGCUGAUUCAUAGACCUUUCAUCACGGCGCCAGAACAUGAUCCGUCAAAGGCCCGCUUUCCAUCUCUAGCCAUAUGCACUAAUGCGGCCCGUUCUUACUCCCGGGUCGCUCAUAUCCAGAGCUGUCGGAGCGGAAUGAUAUUCCCUGUCGCUGGGCUAUUGACAUUCAACGCUGCGAUCAUCCUGCUAUUCAACAUGUGGGGAACGAACAGGCCGGAUGUUGGGAUCCAGGAGGGAGAUGGACGACGUGCAAAAGUGCAUGGAAGUUCUUGCAGAUAUGGAAAACGGGUACGAGUAUUUACACUCUCGACAUUUAUCAUCGAUCCUGAAGGGGAAUGCACUAGGUACCAUUAUGCAGGAUUACUGUCGGAUAUCCUCUAUGAACUGACUUCGGCAAGUUGUGAUGGACCGUCGGACCCUCCAGCGUCGUCCACCGCAGCUGCAGUCCCCGAAUCGUCGUUUCCUCCGAAUGGAUGGCCAUUUACUAUCAACCCACAAGCAGAGAUACCGCCUCGAUGGAGCUUCCCCUCCUAUGAUCAAAGCAAUAAUAGCAAGCCCGUCGACUAUGUCCUACUAAACGACGACCCGACGCCCACCUCUUCGCUCUUAUUGACGAGUUCCACAAACUUUACCGAUGGUCCACCUGCAUGCACGGAGCUGGACAGUGACUGUGCUCGAUAUCUGAAUAACUGGACUUCGUGAGGGAUCCUUGGGGUGGGAAGACUUUGUCCGCUGAGAUUAACAUUGACUUUUUGCGUUUCUGGUUACUGGUUAGGCAUUCGGAUCGACUUCCUUUCAUCUCUAUGGUACCGAUCUGUCUUCUUUCCUGCCUUUAUGCCUUUUCUACCCUCUAGGUGCCUUCUAUAUCUUUCGAUUUGCCAUAUGUAUGUUUGUACGCUCGAUAACAGAC